AUGGAUAAGGAUUCUGGUAUUAAAGGUCAUGAUAAGUGUGUAAUGCAUAAAACGUGUAUAGCUAUGUGGGAAGCGUGCCAAAAUAUAGCUCAACGUGGUUAUGAUGAAAGUGAAAAUAGCUUAAAUAAAGGGAAUUUUAUAGAGUUAUUGCAAUUAUGUGCUAAAAGAGAUGUAAGAUUAAAAAAUAAAAUUGAAUGUUUACCAAAAAAUGGCAAAUACACUCAUCAUUCUAUACAAAAUCAAUUGUUUUCAAUAAUGAGUAAAUUAGUACUACAAUCAAUUUCAAAUGAAAUAAAAGAAUGCAAAUAUUUUGCAAUUUUAGCAGAUGAAACAAAUGAUAUCUCUAAAACAGAACAGUUAUCUAUCAUGGUACGGUAUUUUCAUAAAAACAUUAUUCAUGAAAGAUUUUUAGGAUUUGUUCCAUGUUCUUCUUUAAAUGCACAAUCACUGUUUAAUUAUAUUAAAUGCACAUUGUCUGAUUGUGAAAUUGACAUAAAUAAUUGUGUUGCUCAGACUUAUGAUGGGGCAGCAGUAAUGAGUGGCAAUGCUAACGAUGUACAGGCAAUUUUUCAACGAGAAGUACCACAAGCAAUUUAUACCCACUGUUAUAAUCAUCGAUUAAAUCUUGUUGUUGUAGAUGUUUGUAAAAAUAUUCCAGAAGUGGCUACAUUUUUUUCAUUACUUCAAAAAAUCUAUAAUUUUAUUAGUAGAUCAACAGUACACACCGAAUUUAUUGAACUACAAAAAAAGUUAAGCCCAAAACAUAAAUGUGUGGAAUUAAAAAACUAUUUGCAAAGAGCUGAUUCUGAUAUAAGUUCUAGCUGUAUUCUUGUUAAUUCAUUGGUUUCACAUUUAAAUGAAUAUAGAAAUACAAUUGAAAAUUUUAAUGAAUUGAUGAAUGAAGUUAAUUUAGCUGCUGAAAAUAACAACAUAAAAAGCCUAGAAACGGCAAAGAAAAAAAGAACAGUGAAGUUACCUACAAAGUUUACUGCAUUUUUAACAGAAUCAAUAACAGAAACCAGAGCCAUACAAAAUACUAACGAUUUAAAGUUAAUGAUAUUUUAUCCUGUAAUUGAUAGAAUGGUGAGUGAAUUGAACAAAAGAUUCACUAACAACAGCCCAAUUUUAAAAGGAAUAGGUUCUUUUAAUCCUAUUAGUUCAACAUUUUUGGAUAUGAACAAAAUACAACCACUUUCCUUACAUUAUGGUACUGAUUCAGACAGCUUGUUAGCUAAAUUAAAACUAUUACCAAAACUUAUUAAGAGAUAUAAAGAAGAAAAUAAUUGUGAAAUAAAGACUAUACUUGAUUUAGUAUAUUUAUUAGAAAAGUAUAAAAUGGCUUUUUGUGAAACAUAUAUUUUAUGUACAAUUUCAAUUAUAAUACCACCUUCAAGUGCAGGAGCUGAACGAACUUUUUCAAGCUUAAGACAGGUUAAAAUCUAUUUAAGAAAUCAUAUGUCCAACGAAAAAUUAAAAUCCAUCGCAAUAUUAGCUAUUGAAAAAAAAGCCUCUAAAAACUUAAAUUUAGACAUGGUUGUAGAUAAAUUUACGCUUCAAAUUGGACAAAUGACUAUAUUAUGUCCUAAGUGCCAUGCAAAAAAAUGGAAAGAUGAAACCCAUAGCCUUUGCUGCGCUGACGGUAAAGUUGUUUUACACCAAUUCGAGGAUCUUCCAGACCCAAUUAAAAGUUUAAUUGAUAAUUCUCACCCUCUAUCAAAACAUUUCUUUGAUAAUUCUAGACGGUAUAAUACUCUGUUUCAAAUGACAUCAUUUGGAGCAAACGAAGUAGCUGAAGGGAACUUCAUGUCCUCUUUUAAAAUUCAGGGUCAAGUGCAUCAUUUAAUAGAGUCGGAUCAAAUAUAA